AUGCACAACCAAACCACGGUGAUGGAAUUUAUCCUUCUGGGUUUCACUGAUGUUUGGGAGCUCCAGGUCGCCCUCUUUGUUACUCUCCUAAUUACGUACCUCUUGACCAUAACAGCGAAUGUUCUCAUCAUCUCCAUCACUUUGCUGGACCACCGUCUCCAUAGCCCCAUGUAUUUCUUCCUCUGGAACUUUUCCCUCCUGGAAAUAAGCUUCACCACUGUCAUCAUCCCCAAGAUGCUGGGCAACCUUCUUUCAGCAAGGAAGACUAUCUCAGUGACUGCUUGCUUCAUCCAGUCCUUCUUCUAUUUCCUCCUUGGCAUAGCAGAGUUCUUUCUCCUGGCCGCCAUGUCAUUUGAUCGGUAUGUGGCCAUCUGCAACCCACUCCGCUAUACCAUCAUCAUGAAUAAUAGGCUUUGUGUCCAGCUUGUGGUGAGCUGCUGGAUGAGCAGUUUCUUCUUUGUCUUCCUAACAAUGGUUGUCAUCACACGCCUGCCAUUCUGUGGUCCCAACGUCAUAGACCAUUUCUUCUGUGAUAACUCACCCCUGCUCAAGUUGGCCUGUGCUGACACACAGCUCAUCGAGUUGGUUGACUUCAUUCUUGCAGUCAUCAUAUUAAUGGGCACUUUAGCCAUCACCAUCACCUCUUAUGCCAAUAUUAUCUACACUGUGUUUCACCUGCCAUCUGCUAAGGAGCGACAGAAAGCCUUCUCCACAUGUUCCUCCCAUAUCAUUGUCAUCACCAUGUUCUAUGGCAGUUGCAUCUUUAUGUACAUGCGGCCUUUGCAAAGCAAAGGGAUUGAUCUUAACAAAGGGGUGGCUAUUCUCAACACUGUGGUUACGCCAUUGUUGAACCCUUUCAUCUACAGCCUCAGGAACAAGCAAGUACAAGAAGUGCUACGUGAUGCUCGAAGGAUGAUAUUCACCAAGAAACUGAGGAUAUAA